AUGGAGCCAACGACACAACCUCCACCGCCCACCCUGACCAACCCUCGCUUCACCCUCGAGCUCGAAUUCGUCUCCUCUCUCGCCAACCCUUACUACCUGUCGCAUCUCGCUGUCACCUACCCCAACUUACUGGGCAUCUCGCAAUCCGAUGACAACGACUCCGACUCCUCCUCGUCGCCAGACGCCCAGGCCUUCGCCGCGUACCUGGCCUACCUCUACAACUACUGGAAGACACCGCAGUAUGCGCAGUUCUUGACACAUCCCGGUCCCACGCUACGUGCGCUACGUUUGCUGCAGGAGGACGCUUUCCGUCGCGACAUCAUCCUGCCUCAGGUCAUUGAGAGUCUCGCUGGGGUGGGCGUCCCUGGUGCGCCCGCGGAAACGGUGGAGGGACAGCAGGAGACACAGGAAGGGCCCAAUGGAUCGAAGACGUGA